GAGCGAGUGCGAGGCACUGACUGCGGCGGCAGGCGGCCGCGGCUCCAGCGGGCAGCUCGGCUAGUGUCAGUGAGGUCGCACGAUAGUGAACAUCUCGCCGGCGCGCUUCCAUAUUCGUAUUACGAAAAAAAUCACUCUCUACCUUUUUUUGGCGGGUAAUUUUCAACAAUGUCGGCCACCGAGGAACUGAGCGGCAUUCUCUCGAGGCGACAGGAGAUAAACGAAAAACUCGAAGAAGGGCUCGAGGUUAAACCUAAAUAUAAAUAUGUGAAUGUUUUUACCGAGUUUCAUGAAUUCUCCAGGAAGGAAAUUAAACAGUACGAGGAGACCUUUAACAAGUUCGACGAAGGGCGCGACGGUUUCCUAGACCUGACGGAAGUAAAGCGGAUGAUGGAGCGGCUGGGCGCGCCGCAGACGCACCUCGGACUUAAGGCUAUGAUCACCGAAGUCGACGAAGACGGCGACAACAAGAUCAGCUUCAGAGAAUUCUUACUUAUAUACCGAAAAGCGCGACUAGGUGAACUAGAAAUGGACUCUGGAUUAGAAGCGCUGGCACGACUAACAGAGAUCAACGUCGACCAAGUAGGUGUUAAUGGAGCAAAGAAUUUCUUCGAAGCCAAAAUCGAGGAGUUAUCAAAGAAAAACAAAUUCCAUGAUGAAAUUAUUCAAGAACAGGAAGAGAAACGCCGUGAAGCUGAAGAGAAGGCACUACGGAGACAAAGGUUUAAAGAAAAGACGGCAAUCUUUCAACAUUGAUUUAUUUACGGAUCCUUUAUGGAUCUAGUCUGUAAGCUGUUACCUUAUGGCUUGAUGAAAAACCUACCAUAAAAAACUUAAACUGUGGUUCAAUUACAAUUUAGCUUAAACAUAUGUUAACGCUUUUAUCGCCCUCUGAAUUUAUACAGUACCAGAAAUCUACUAUUGAAAUUUUGCGUAAGCUUCCGAAAUGCGACUUUGACAAAUAAAUAACAAAGUACGUAUACAGAAAGCAGUUUUGGUGAUACGUAUUUAAGGGUAAACAAUCCCUUUAUAACCACGUUGAUAUCCAUUAAUAUCCACUGGCGGUCAAAGGGUUAAAACACAUGUUUAACUAAACAAUGUCUAACUGUACUUUUUGGAGUCAUAGGGCUC